GCAGAAGGUUCAUUUUAAAAAUGGCACCCUCUACAUGUUUAGAUAAAGAUACUGAGAAACAGAUUUUUGAUUGCAUUACCAAAAAUAAUGUUUCUGAGUUAAAAGUGCUUUUAAAAAACUUCUAUGGUGAUAUUUACGACGAACAUGGAAUGACACCUUUGCAACAUGCAGCUUAUAAAGGAAAUAAAGAAAUCGUUCAAUUCCUUCUGGAUCAGGGAGCGGAUGUGAACUCAAGUCGGCAUGAACAUGGCUACAGUGCUUUGCACUUUGCUGUUCUCUCCGGAAACGCUGAUGUCUGUCUCCUUUUACUUAAGGCUGGUGCCAAGAGCCAUGCUACUAAUUCUGUCGGGAAAACUCCUUCAGAAAUGGCAGCUUUUGUUGGCAAUCAUCUCUGUGUCGCUGUUAUUAACAACUUCAUACCUCAAUCUGAAAUCGACUACUUCACAGUUUCUCAUGGAUUGGAGUCAGUCCCGAAGUUGUCUCCUUUCCUUGCUAGCCCUGUACACAAAUUUGCCAUGCAGGUGAAUAUGCAUCCCAUACGAAUCGCACUAAACCUCCAGCCUGACCUAGUGAACCACCUCGACCCUCUACGCACAGUGUUGACACAAAUGAGCGAACGAGAAAUGAGGCGGAAGGAGACCAACGAACUCAUGAGCUUCAAAAUGCACUACCUGUCUUGCGUGGUGGCAGAGGUGGCUAAAUGCAGACAAGCAGAGAGAGAAAAGCCGAUGGAUCCAGUGGAAGCAUUUGCUCGUAAGGUUCUCAAGAGUGUUCGGGGCAAAGAGUACGUAGAAAGCUUCAUACGAGACUUGGUGCGAGAGUUCCCUCACAGAGAGUGUACGAUAUUCAGACAAAUGGUGACAAUACUUGCCAAGAAGGACGCACCAUCGGCUCUGAGUGUUGUCAGCUCAAUGAUCUGUCCUCAACUAUUUCCUGACAAUGAGAAGCCCUCUUGUGCGACAUGUGGAGAAGAGUCAGCUGUCAAGAAGUGCUCCAAGUGUAAAAACACUCAGUACUGUGAUAGAAACUGCCAGAGACUGCAUUGGUUUGUGCACAAGAAAGAGUGUGAGAGAAUAUCUACGUCAAGUAGAGAGGAGAAGGAAGAUAACUAACUCUAGUCUAAUUGUUUGUAAAUUAUAGAUAUUUAUUGUCGUGUCUUACUUAUAGUAUGCCCAUUUAUAUGAUCUUUCUCACUAUUAAAUAGUUUUUAUGUAUUUGCGGUU